CACGUGAUGUGAUAGAAGACGCGAAACUUUUAGGGGUUUUGUUUAAGAAAUCGUUUGGAAUGGCCAAAUAGUAUCCGAAAAUAUUUAAUCCGUCGUCAAAUCCUUGAUGUCCUGCAUGUGGCACAUGUGCGAGGUCCUUUAUUCUAUGUAAAUACGAACAAUAAAUAUUCUCAUGAAUGAAGUUCAAUAACAUGGAAGAGAUUGUUUCUUCUAUCAAAGAUGGAAAAGAUGACUCCCCAGUUAAAGAUAAGCUUUUCGACCCGUCUAUUGAUAUGCUAGUUAAUGAUUUCGACGACGAGAGAACCUUAGAAGAGGAAGAAGCACUUGCGGCAGGCGAAUCUGACGACCCGAACGCCGAAUUGUCCAGCCUUCAAAAGGAGAGUAACAUGCCUUUAGAAGAACUGUUAGCAAUGUACGGUUACCACGGUGAAAACCAAGAGAACGAAAGUCCUGUUGAGGACGUAGACAACUCUGAGGCUGUAAACGAGGAGGAAAGUGAACCGGAACCGCCAGAGCAACCUUCAAAGCUCAGGGCAUUGUACGAAAACUUAGAACCUGAAAACGACCAGGAUGCGUCGAGAUUAUUGCGUUCUGUGUCGAGAGUUAGUGAAGAGGAGGAGGAAGAUUACGAUUACAGUCCUGAUGAGGACGAGUGGAGAAAGGUUAAUAAGACCAUCAUGGUCGGCAGCGACUACCAGGCUCAAAUCCCCGAAGGCCUGUGCCACUACGACGACGCGUUGCCAUACGAGAACGAGGACAAACUGCUGUGGGACCCGUACAUAACGCCGGAAGGUCUAGUGGAAGACUACCUCAAAAAAGCCUUAAUAUCGACCAAACCCGCCAUACCGAUGGGCACGCAGCUGCGCGACGACGAGCAGGCGCUUUAUUUAUUGCAGCAGUGCGGCCACAGCGACGAGGAGGCGUUGCGCAGGCUCAGAAUGAAUCUGACUCCGCCUUCGGAGGUGACGCUGUGGUCCGAGGAGGAGUGUAGGAACUUCGAGUCGGGCGUGCGCAGUUUCGGCAAGAAUUUCCAUCUUAUCCAACAAAAUAAGGUGCGGACAAGAUCGGUGGGGGAACUGGUCCAGUUCUAUUACUUGUGGAAGAAGUCUGAGAGACACGACAUAUUCGCCAACAAAACCCGCCUCGAAAAGAAAAAGUACACGUUGCACCCCGGACUGACGGACUUCAUGGACCGUUUCCUGGAGGACCAGGACGGCAGGGACAGGAGCUCGUCGCCGAACGUGCAGUGCAACAACAGCCAGGAGAAAAAACCCACCGAGAACCACGGCCAAAGCAAAUCGCCGGAUGUAUAGUAUUUGGCCAACAGAUAGUAUUUAAGAUAUUAUAAGUCGUCCCCUUGAAAGUAACUCAACCUGGAAUGUUACUUUCCAGGGACGACUUAUAAUUGUUCAUUCACAGUUUCAUUUACAAUAUUCGUUACGGUUAAGUAUUCUUAUUUUUUUACCUGUAUAUUUGACACAGUACAAACUUGUAUAUUAUUAUUGAUUUACGAUGAUAAGUGCGGUGCUUGGAGGACUGUCGUUUAGCAACUGAUGACUUUUUAUCACUGACGAUGUGAUCCUGUCAAAGCAUCGCUUUUAAAUUGGAAGGCCUUUAAUAGACACUCUGAAACAAAUUGUAUUUUCUACAAUUUUUCAUCGUAUUUAACAGUUGUUGUAUUUAUUAUUUCCACAGUCAUUUGUUGACAUAUUUUGUAAAGUUUAAUAUUUAUUUUGUUGUACAACAAUCACACUUUUGUUUAGAAACACGCUUAAUUUUAAUUUUAAGUUUCUAAAGCUUUCGUUUACUUAAAUAACUUGAGAAUCACGAAAUUUGUUACACCUCGCAAUGUAAUGAAAGAUUUUCUGUAAAUGACCUAACACAAUCUAAUUAAAACAACCAAAAACUGUAAUAGUUAAAUAAUUUUAGUACAAACAGUGUUGAUGUGUGAAACAACAGUAGUCGGUUAUUUUGACACAUGUGCGGGAUAAAACGUGUUCUUGGACUAAAAACGCGUGAAGCUGAUUUAGCAUGUAAAUAUUUUGAAAAUUGUCCAUUAGAUUAGCGUACGAGUAUUUAAUAAGUGUAUGAUUUAAUUGUACAAACGUUGUAAUUUUUGUCCGGAAAUGAUGUAACUAGUAUAACAGGUGAUAUUACAUAUAAUUCGAGUGGUUUCUGUAACUCAAUCGCAAAAAUUAGUGCCUAUACCAUAUACAAAUAAGAUCUCAGCGUCGUACAUUUGUUCUAGUCACAUUUUUACAUCCGUCAAUUGGAACAACUUUUACAUGGGUUCUGUCUAAUGAUGUUUUUAUAUUUUGAUCGAACGUACAUAUAAUUUUGUUUGGAUUUACUUGUGAACAAUAGUUUUAGUGGUCACAGCAUAAUUUUAUAUUGUGAUACAGCUGCGGAAUAGUUUUAGACAGUUUAAGUUUGAAUUGAUUGACUUUCGGAAACCUCUGAACAGAUAUAUUUUUGUUUGUACAAAAUUGUAAAUACAGAAUGACUUUGACAGUAAUGUAGGUGUGUCGUAUGGAUUAAUUAUGUAUAUACGUACAGAAAUAUCAAAAAAAAAGAGAAAUGUGUACAGUGCAUCUUUUUACACUGUGCAUAUUUUUCAUUAUGGAGUGCAAACAAAUAAAGCAAAUAAGAUAGGCAAUCUAAAUUGUAUUUUUAUACUAUGCUUUUAAUUAUAUUUAUAUAUUAGACUUAGAUUUUGUUUAUAAAUUUAUUUAUUGUUAGAAUAUGUAACUAUAUAUUAUAUACAUACAAAAAACUACCAAUUAAAUGUCAAAGUUUUAUAAUUUAAAAAUGAUUCGCUGUACAGAGUUUUAUAUUUGUGCUACGUUUUUUGUACAGUUUAAGCACAAUAACUCAGUCACUUAAAGCUUUAAAUUAUGUACGUCGUGGUGGGUUUUGUCAUUACUAUUUUUAAGUUAUAAAAAUUUUGAUGUCGCAUAACAGUAUCGGUUAGUUUUUUUUUAAAUAUACAUUUUUUAUUAAA